GUUCAAGUCCGUUCUUCUGUCACCCCCCCUCACCCACCCCCCGCCUCAUAUCCCCCACCCCGGUCAGCCCAUUUCUCACCUCCCUAAGGCCCCCCCACAGUAGCCAAGACGCCGCGGGCUGUGCUCCGAGUGAAGAAUGGGGCGUCGAAGCUGGCCAAGCCGCAGGCUGCGGCCGAAGCCCCCGGCGGCGCCCCGGGCUCGGGGCUUUUCAUGGAGCGAUCGCAGAGCCGCCUCAGCCUCUCCGCGUCCUUCGAGGCCCUGGCCAUUUACUUCCCCUGCAUGAACAGCUUCGACGAGGAGGACGCGGAAGGAGAUGGCCGGAAACUCAAAGGUGCCAUCCAGCGGAGCACAGAAACUGGCCUGGCUGUUGAGAUGCCAAGCCGAACGAUCCGACAAGCCAGCCAUGAAUCCAUUGAGGAGAGUAUGAACAGCUAUGGAUCCGAAGGAAACUUGAACUUCAAUGGAGUUCACCUGGCAGCCGCUGGGCAGUUCAGCGAUUUCCUGGGCAGCAUGGGGCCUGCACAGUUUGUGGGUCGCCAAACCUUGGCUACUACCUCCAUGGGUGAUGUGGAAAUUGGGCUGCAGGAGCGAAAUGGACAAUUAGAAGUGGACAUCAUUCAAGCCCGAGGACUGACUCCAAAGCCUGGCUCCAAAACCCUGCCAGCUGCUUACAUCAAGGCCUACCUACUAGAAAAUGGGGUGUGCAUUGCAAAGAAAAAGACCAAAGUGGCUCGCAAGUCCUUAGAUCCGCUGUACAACCAAGUGUUACUUUUCCCAGAGAGUCCACAAGGCAAAGUACUGCAGGUGAUAGUUUGGGGAAACUACGGACGCAUGGAACGCAAACACUUCAUGGGAGUCGCCCGGGUUCUUCUGGAAGAACUUGAUUUGUCAACUUUGGCAGUUGGCUGGUAUAAGCUUUUCCCAACCUCGUCGAUGGUGGAUCCUGCCACUGCUCCACUCUUACGCCAAUCCUCGCAGCUUUCCUUGGAGAGCACAGUAGGACCUUGUUGUGACAGGUCUUAAUGGGCAAGGAAGUUCCAGGGGGACUGCUUCUGUUUUUAAAAUCAUGCUGUCAAGGUUUUGUUUGCCAGAACGCUGUCCUCAAGCGCAUUGCAUCUUUGAUCAGUCCUUGGAGGAACCUGAAGGUGAGGAUAGCCAAGUAACCUUGGACAGGAACCAAGAUGGAGGCCAAUGACCUUUCUCCAUCCAAGUAGAAAGAGCUGCAGGGCACAAGUCCUAAUUAUGAAAUGACACACACACACACACAAGACACACUUUUUCGUUUCCCUUUUUCCACAGUCAUCCAUGCACCCUUGCUUCAGAUCAGUGUAAAACCUUGAAAUGUUGCAGCAUCUUUUUUAAAAAUUGGGGAAGAUGUUUCUCUUCUUCUUAAUGCUAUUUUACAAAUUGGGGAAAGAAGAGAUAGAGAGAACUUUUAGAAAAUUCUUAAAUAUUCAAAAGCAAACAUCUGACCUAAAUGAAAACAGCAGUUUCAGGGAAACUUUGUGGGUUUUGUAAACUUUCCCCACCCCCUUUAAGGCUGGGGAGGGGUGGGAGGAACUGCAGCUACUACUUUAGAACAAGUUCCACGGUUCUGUAUGAUGUACAAACGCCGCUGUAUUUUUUACACUGUGCCAAAUUACCAGCAGUGUCUUCUACUAUAGGACUUAGGCCAACAGUACUGCUGACGCAUUUUUGUUGGAAGAACAAGAAAACACACUUUGGUUACACCAGUCGGUUCUGACGCAGAGUGCAUAGCAAGCCAAUUAGCUGGAAUGUUGCACAGAGAAUGUUGCUGAAUGCAAACUGGAAAUCUGGCAGAGCUACUUGCUAGCCCAUUGUUAGAUAUGAACAUUGCAAAACACACACACACACCAUACCUUACCUCAGCUUUUGCUGUGCUAUCCCCCUGUUGUGUUUUUUGCUUCCAUAACGCUAGUCAUGCUUUUGGGAUUUUUAGUGCAUAUCUGGUGACUUGCCACUUUCCUCUGGAACAGGGAUCAGUUUGAGGUAGCAAUACUUUCUUCUGCCGUUGCAAAUGAAAUGACAACAUAAAAAGUCUGCACAUUAAAAAAAAGAGGUGGGAGUGAUCAGAAGAUGGAGUUCUGUUCGUCAUGCAGGAGAUUAUUAAACCCUGCGCUUAGAGAAAAAGGAGUGUUGCAUUCAGACAACUGUAUUAAUACCCAAGUGGUGUGAAGCAACAUGGAAAACUCAGGCACAGAAGGCAGAUAAGGACUUAUUUAAGGGUGUUUUCACAAGUGACACUAAAAGCGCCUUCCAACCUUUUGCAUGGUUUAUGUGCACGUGUGAAUGACUGCAAUGCACUUUUGAAUGAGUGUGAGGAGGAGAUUGAUGUUGGCAUUUGAACUUCCACGUGGCUUUUUGUGUGUAUGUGUCAGCCUGCCUGUAUAUAUGUGUGGAUGUUCUGAGUGGGUGUUCUCUACUCAUAAUGCUUUGUUGACCCUCCAUCCACCAUUCUUAUUGCCACAAAGCUCUAUACAUUCCAGGUUCAGCAAGCAAGGGUGUGUCUUCUGCUGUACCAUGAGCUCUUAUUGGUAGUCAACAGAAGUCUUGCUUUUGAACAGAGUUAAAUGUGAUUCAGCUGGAGGGUUGAUACCGGCAUGAGUUUCCAAGUCACUUGUGAAACUGACCUGGUCAUGCAGAUAGGCUUUGUGGAUUGUUUUAUAAUGAACAAAAAAUAAAUAAAAUAAAAGGUAAAUAUUUUAUGUUCGCCAAUAAAAAGAUAGCUAUAAUAUAUAUAUAUAUAUAUUCUGCAUACAGCUAAGAUGACAGCAGAUUGUCAACAGAGUCACCUUCAGUAGAGUAGGUUAGUGGUUUACCAGAUAGAGCCAUUGAACAAAUACAAAGUGAUUUACCUGGUCACAGCCAUGUCUGGAGGCUUUAGUUUAGAAAGUAAUUUUAGGAAGUAGGCCAAGACGCUCUAUCUGUACUUAGAUCUACCUUUUGUACAUUGCUAGGUGUUUUGUUUCUGUUCUCAUUUCUAAUGAAGAUUUAAUGAUUGCUAUCUCAAAUCUGUUUUCCUAUUAGGAUGUCAAGAGCUGAUUUUGCUCCACGGUUUCUGGUGCCAAGUCCCAUGUUAGCAUUUAGGAACCAUCUCAAAAUGGCUUCCUGGCCUGUUGUUACGUCACAGAGUAAUAACAAGGUUUCUACGUGGACUACGAAUAAGCAUGAUUAAAGCAUGACUUACUAUAGAAUGAAACAUAGACAGUCAUAUGUUAUAGGUAGUGUUUUUAAUGGUUUGGGAAAUAACGACCAAAUGAUUAGAAAAGCAGUAGGCCCAGUAAUGAGCUCUGCUAGAAGUAACCUAAUAUAGAUAAUAGCAUAAGGAAACAUUGAGCAUAUUAAAAUCACAGAAGCUCCAGAGUUUCAGAUUGAUUAUCUUAAUUUUUUCUAUGCCUGUGGUUUCAAGUAUAAUUCCGUUUCCAAGUCAUAUUAAAGAUUUUCUGUGUAUUGGCUGAAGGGAGGUAGUUGCAUGCUGGUCAAAAUAUGUUGUGACUCUCCUUUCCCCCCAUUUAUUUAAAAACUCGCUUAACUAUAUUUCAGACUGAAUCCUCUUCAUAUUUCUGUAUAGUAGGUACUAGGCAAUAUUGUACAAUAUAUGUAUGGACUAGAAUAGAUUGGGUUAGAUUUAGUGAUUGGUAGCCAUUGACUCUUUUAAUAACCUUGUCGUAAAAAGGACUGUGGAGAAAACAAAACACAUUCCAAAGCUGGGAACCGAAGAGCAGUCGUUGAUGCUUUAUAAAUUCAAAGAUUUUGCUUAUGUUGUUUGAACCUGUAAAUCAAAUCAGCCCUGUUUUGUAUGUAUCCUGCAGCACAGCUGUCAAUUCUUACCCAAAUGUUAAUAGGGAAAGUGGGAGCAAAAAUGCUGGAAACACAAUCUUGGCUUCCUAAUCUGUUGUUAACAGCACAACAGACUUAACUCUUAAAUGUCUGAAGCUGCCUAUCUCUGUUAACUCAAAUGUGAAUGGAUGUGUGAGUUGGGUUAAACUGAAGGACUCAGAACAGAGAGGUCCAUCCCAAAGCUGCUUAGAAAUAAUUCCAAUAGGACAUAAACGUCAAAACACUAAAAACAUUUUCAUGUUGAUUCUAUUGUUUGUAUACUACCCUUCAACCACUUGAUUCCCAGGAUAAUUAGCAAGAGAAUAAAUGGCAAUGAAAAACAGUUUAAAAAAGCAAUUCUUUUUUAAGCCAAGUAACGCCAGCAAUUAAAAGCAACAGAUUAAAAGUGUUAGGGGCUUGAGAGAAUACAAAAGGGUUUUGCUUAGCAAGAGGACACUUAUUUCAAGCUAUUUCCUUUCUUCCCUCUUUGGUACAACCCUUUGGAUCCUGGCAAAAAAACCUUAGUUACAGCAACUUUGAGCUGGGUACACAUGCAAUCCAGUUUUCCAUUUUUAGCAAGCAAGUCUGCAUUACUACGAAUGCAAGAUUAUAAACGAUCUACAAAGACUGGAUUAGAAGGAACAAAAUUUACUUAGCAAUCGAAACUAGUCAGGUGUCCCUGAGCAUCCUUUCCCUUCUAGUCUCACCCAGAACUGACCACGUCUUAUGACCCUUUCUAAAUAACAUCAGUUCCUAUUUAUCUAUUUUAUGCAUCCAUUUCAAGUAUUUAUAUACCACUUUGCAUCAUAAAAGAUCACAAGGUGGUUUACAAAGAAAAAGCGAAAAAGAAUGCGCAAAACAAGAAAAACUAAACACAGUAUGAAGAUCAUCAGAAUCCGUAAAUAAUGCAAUGUAUGAAACAUGAAACUUGAUCACAUAGAAUUCUAUGGACUCUAUACACUUAUUCAAUAUCCACAUUUUCUAACAAACCUGUGCCUCAACCAGAGCGCACCUGCACACAUUCACUCACAUACUCUGAUCAAUUACAAAUCCCAAUAACCCCCUGGGUGGGCUGCACUAUGACACUGGCAGACUAAUGCCAGGAGACUAAAAUCACCUUUCAAAGUCUAAACUAGGGCCCUUGUGGUCUUGUGUGCACCCUCUGGGUACAUGCAUGCAGCGGCCUUGCUAGAUCCUGACCCACAAACGCAAACAGAAAUCUAAAACGCAAACCAGCUUUUAGAGCACCUCGCUUUCAGCCCACAACAAGCAACGUCCAAAUACGAAACAUUGCCAGCUUAAAGCUGUUCUUCUCAUUCUUGUGAGAGCCCUUAUUCUUGAGAGCAGCGGUGGGCAAACUCUUCUUCUAUCAAGGGCUGCACUCCCUCAGGGGUGACCAAUUGGGGACCACAUGACUGCAGUGGGCACAGCCAGAGACAAUAGUGUUCUGGAUUAACUAAUCUCGAACAAUGGCUGCCCUGUUUCAAUUUCACCAUGGCUACCUCGAAUUAGGAUUUCCAAUCCUUUGUAGAUCUACUCAGAAUUAAGCCCCGCUGGUUUUGAUAGGUUUUGAUACUUAUUCCUCUCAAAUAAGUAUAAAGAGGAUUUUUAUUUUUUACUGAGGACAACAGACCCAUACAGCGACUGGAGGGCCAAGUGAAAGCGACUCUUUUCUAACUUUAAUGUGCUUAACGCGCACCAACCACAGAGGCAAGAAAGGGGAAGUGAUGAACAGGAAGGAAGGAACUCUGAUGAGGUGGAAGAAUGAGGCAGCUUCCGAGGGUGUAGGGGCCACAGACUGGCUACAAAAGAGCAAAUAAGUUUUGCAUCUAAAUUAAGAGGCAGUUCUUCAGUAGAUGCAGGUGUUCUGCUCCUGUGCACACCUUUUUACUAGGUUGUUGUUGAAAGCUGGGUCAGAAAUCCACAAGUGAUAAAGAGGUACCAUAUUUUUUGCUCUAUAAGACUCACUUUUUCCCUCCUAAAAAGUAAGGGGAAAUGUGUGUGCGUCUUAUGGAGUGAAUGCAGGCUGCGCAGCUAUCCCAGAAGCCAGAACAGCAAGAGGGAUUGCUGCUUUCACUGCGCAGUGAUCCCUCUUGCUGUUCUGGCUUCUGAGAUUCAGAAUAUAUUUUUUCUUGUUUUCCUCCUCCAAAAACUAGGUGCGCCUUGUGGACUGGUGCGUCUUAUAGAGCGAAAAAUACGGUAAUUAGUAUCACUAGGCUUGGAUCAGCUCCUCUUGUGUAAAGACCAGCCUGGAGCCUGUUUUCUUCCACAUUAGAUCGCAUGAUACCUGGUUAUGAUCCACUGCCCCUUUAGGGGCACAUACCAGAACAUCUCCCUUACUCUCCCCACAACCCAUAGCUGUUUUUCAUGCUGAGUCAGAAGAUGUUUCUGAAGCCACUCCCUAGAAACUUACGGUGAAGCCUUUAUAAAUAAUAAUAAUAAUAAUACUUUUCAUGAAAAAAGGCCCCAUAAGCCUAAGUUUCACUUCAUCAUUUUGGAUUUGUAAAGCAAGUGUUUGCAUUUUGAAACCUCAUCUCUUGCUGCCUUUUAAAAGCUUAAAAUAGAAUCGCGUCUGUCUGUAACUUUUAAUGAUUGACUUCUAUGGGGAAGUAGAGGAAGAGUUAGUGUGUGUCUGAGAGGUAAUCAUUACCUCUGUGGCUUGCCUGCUUGUUGUUAAGCUGAGGAGCGAAGGCUCGGCCUCUCUCCAUUUUAUAGCCUCUUCAAGCACUUUUAAUUUUGGUUAAAAUGACUGACAACUGCAUCAUAUCCACAUCGUGCGCUGAAAGCACAUGGCUUCCCCCAAAGAACCCUGGGAAAUGUAGUUUAGCAAGCAUGCUGGGAAUUGUAGGUCUGCAAGGAGCCAACUACAGUUCCCAAGGUUUUUUGGAGGAAGUCGUGUGCUUUAAAGGCGCUUUAAAUUUAUGACAUGGAUAUGACCUAAUAAGCAAAGCAGUGACCUCUCAGCCACAAUCCUAGGAACACAGAAAAUACCGGCUCUGAGCUUCAUUGCCCUAUUCUUUAACCCCCCAAAACAGGAGAACCAUUUUAUUGCCACAAUUGUUUUCAGAUGCAAAUGUCAUAUUUUUCUGGGAGUGCUUUAUGACCCCCCGAUUCCUAAUGGUUAUGGUAGAGAGGACAAAUCUGGGUUUUCUUAGCUCCCGGAGUGCCCAUGAAAGUCCAUUUACUAAUAAUAUACAAAUAGAACGAAAUGUAUCUUGCCAAUCAAAAUACUGAAACAACGUGUAAAAAACCGAAACAAUAUUAUACGUCAAUGGCCUCCAAGUCACAGCUAUUCUUGUUUCACAGGAAGUUCCCAGGUUCGUACAGGAAGUCAGUUUUUAGAGUAAGGAGUUGAAUCUGGACUUCCAGUGCCUCUUAAGCACCAGGUCAUUCUUCCUCUGUAUGCAGAGUUAUUUUUGAGGAUCGUGAAUUAAGCAAAACCCAGCCUGCUGUUAGCUCAACCAGUGCUCCCAACUUUGGGACAAAGGACUUUUGACGAAAGAAAAAUCAAUUUGUGAAUGCUUCUGUUGUAUAUAAUUAUACCUUUUUAAUGUUUUUAAUACUGGAUCCCUUAUACAUGUACUUUUUUGUUUUUUUAAAGUAGGUCUAUAGGCAAAAGAAAUAUCAUAAAUUUAUGUAUACAAAGAAAUUAUGUAGAUGUUGAGGCAGUAAGAAUCUCAAUGUAAGCAUGAUUAGUAAUAACUGUCUUAGACAGCAAGACUUUUUAAUGAAGUUUAUUUAAGUUAGUUUACUACAUGCUAUUUAAUAAUUUUGACACUGGAGGAAUAUUUUCUUUAAAAACAAAAUGUGAUCCUUUUUUUCUAACAGAUUAUAUGAUUUAAAGUGCAAUCUUUCGCAUGGUUACUCAAAAUAAAUCCUUCUGUGUCCAGUGGGACUUAUUCCUUUGUAAGCAUGUUUUGGAUUGCAAACUUAACUUUUUUAAAUUAUUUUUUAAAAGUUUUAUGUUUGGUACAACCUGUAUUCUUCCUGAUCUGGAGAAUGUUAGCCAUCAGCUCCACUGAACUAAAUGAACACUGGUUAGUCAUGACAACUAGUUAGCCAUUGAAUUCAAUGGAACUUCAGCAGAGUUCCCCUCCUCUGGAUUCAGGCCUUACUGGUUUAGUGUUAGAUGCUACAUGUUAUCAACUUGUUGUUUUCCCCAAAAAAAUAAAAAAUAAAGAAGUUUUGUAAAUAGCUACCAGGAAAUAGUCCUAUAGAAAUUUCACUUGAAUCUCUCAUUAAGUUAUUAUUACUAUUAAUAUUGUGUAAGAAUAUUUGCAGUUGUUCAUUACAUCUCUGCUAAAGAUCUUAGCCUAAGAUCUAAGCCUUUGUUGAAGGAAUCGAUGUCGUAUUUUCAAGAUGAAAAAACAAAAACCUUAGCUAGUUUGUCAUAAUCCUGUAUUCUGUAAACAAACAAAAGAAGCCUUUUUAUAAAGAGAGUCUACAUAGGCUUACAAGCAAUAAUAUAUUCCAUUUGGUGUGGAGAAUGUGAUGUGCAGAUGGCAGUAUAUACCAUGGAUAACAAUAUGUGGUGACAGACUUAGUUUUUAGGGAUGUCAGGUUUGAUUAGGCCAUAUUAAUAUUGGCCAUUUGGUUAUUUUUUAAAAGGGAAGUUGGGGUAGGUGCCAUACUGUUGGUUCCGUUCUACCUACUUGUGUAAGUCCAAUCACUGACCAUAAAAUAUAUGUAGUUGACUUUCAUGCUACAAUUGUCAAAAAGUUUCAAUAUAAAGCUCACCAAAUGUGUCAGAUCUCCUUGUUUUCAGAUAACUGUUGAGCGUUUGUCACAGUUUUUCCAGACACCGCCACUGCCAGUGUUUUGUAUUAUGAAUCUGAUGGCAGCUCUGCCCCCUAACGGGCCUGUUUGGCAAAGACACCUCGUUGAAGUUAAAGGGAGGUGGGCUGUAUUUUUCUUUUUCUUUCCGGAGCUGCUGUUCCAUCCUUUAUUACUGUACAUGACACCAAAGCAGGGGAAUACAUGCACCUUUGUCAACGACAAGCACAGGUUGAUGUGCAAAACAGAAUGCCACAGUGCUUGACUGCACUGUCACAUAACGGCAAACAGUAUUAGGAAAUGUGCGUGGAGGUUUCCGCCAAAUGGCAGGAGCAGAAUCUGCUCUGCAUCCGUAUUAAAUUCAGUCCAGUGGAUAAAAUAAUUAGGCUGCAAUCAGUGCUAAAGUUUAGCUCCAGCAGGUGGGAGAGGGAAUGAGCAGGCAAGCUCAGAUGGAAACUCUCAAAUUGUAAAAGCGUUCCUGCUCCCAGGGCUAGUGCUUGGUUCGUAAAAAGGCCCUUCCCCAACACUCCUAAGAAAUCUUGCAGAAAAUUAAUUUCCCUUGUUGAUUACAGAUCGGGCAGCCAGCUACGUUUGCAAUGCUAAACCUGGAACAGAGGUCAGCAACUGAUGCUCAUGGCGCCACAUCCAUUACUGUGCAUGGUUCCAUCUCUCCCCAUUGCUAGUGAGGCCACUGCUAAUCCCAGAGGCAGAAGAUGAGUGGAUAAACAUUCCCCAGUCAGCACAACCAACCAAAGGCCCCUGCUGGUCACACCAGGGCUGUCAUUCCAAGUCUGGCAGUGUGUGAGUGGAUUGAUGGGAGACCUUUUUCCUUUCACCUCUUCACAUAGCCACAGAACAUAAUUAAAGUAUGGAGCUCGCUAUGACAGGAUGUGGCAUGCGCCUUCCCCUUACAUGGCCUUUUCAGACAGGGCCUAAACCAGAGCACAUUUGCUUGGUGAAAGGGCAUGACUAUAUCCAAGAUAACCUGAUGCAGAAGGGGAAUUCCUGAAGCCACUUUACCCCUGCACAUCAUGCAUUCAUCUGAUGCUGAAGUUCACUGGUGUGUCCAACUUUAUGACUGCUUCCACAUCCUAAUUUGAUGGAUGCACCUUGGCCAAAAACCCAGUCUGCGCAGCACAUGUUGACUUGCAGUUACAUAUUAUGAAUUGCAUUUGCCUGUGUCCUGCUUCCCUUUCCACAUAGGCGUUAUGUUUUUACACACCAGACGUAGGAAGUUGCCUUAUCUCAAGUCACAGCAUGGGUCCAUUCAGCUCAGUAUCACCAGCACAGGCUCUCCAGGGCAGCUCUCCAGGGUUUCAAGCAGUUGUCUCUCCUGGUCCUACCUGGAGAUGCUGAGGAUCAGACUUAGGACCACCUGUAUGGAUGAAGAUGCUCUACCACAUAGUUGUGGCCCUUCCCUUAACAGAAAGCCAAAGCCUAGAGCCAAGAGAGGCUUGAAGGCAAUUUAAAUCUCGUGUAUGGAAAUGUUUUUAGAUGUGACUGACUUUCACAGGGACUUAGUGAAGAUAAUCUUUUGCUGGGUUGUGCCCUCUACCCCUGGGUGUUAAAAUAGCGCUACCUGCUACAUGUCCUCUCCCUUGCCAUGCCAACCCUCAUAACGCAUGAAGUUUGCAAGAAUUUAACAAAAAGUGAAAACGGGUGGGCAAGUAGAUAAUUAUCAACUGCAUGUUACCUGGGUCGGUAACCUUUUUGGAACGCAUUGCACAGGACAGGAUCUCUCGUAAAAGACCCCCAAAUCCAAAAGAAGGUCUCAUUUCUAAGAAACCCCACUGAAAUGUUCAUAAGGUGCAUGAACUUCCCUGUUUGGCAUCUUCUGUGGCAGGUUGCUCUGUAACAGUGCUGUACAUGUGGCAAAGUGUGACUUAGCACAUAGUGUCCAGCACACAUUAAUGUUGGAUGCUGUCUUUUGUCUUUAAGGGAAGAUACGGAUGCGCUGUUUUCUUUGUCUGUCAGUUUUAUCCAGACAAUACAAAAAAAUGGUUGGGUAAUUUGCAACUUAGUGUUAAGCUACUGAAACUGUUGAAAAUAAACAUUCUUCAUUUCUUUUCCUAA